AUGUGUGAUCCUAAGAAUUCCGAAAAUCACAUUUCAUCAGUUGACGAUACGAUAGGUACCAUUCUUCCUUCGUAUUCCAUGUUCACAUCUACAAUUGGUAUGAAUGUAAAUGUCCCUGAAGAUAAUCAUCGGAGAUACACUCACACAGAACCUCCUUCCUACAAUCAAGAAGAUUCACACACAGUUGAAUCUAGUUCCGUUUCGGUGUCACAAGCUUCUAGUGGGUUUCACAAUUUGUCUCUUGGGUCAUCGAGAACAUCCGCCAAUGACUCAUUGCCAGUUAUAGAUGAAAAUGGAUCAUUUAUUAUUGCUGAUGAAAACACUUGGCAUUGGCGAGAAACGAUAUUAGAUAAUGUUCAUCGUUUACCCAACUUGACUUUCCAAUCUCAUAAAAUUUCUGAGGCAGUUAAACUUGAAGUUCAUUUCACCAAAGAUAUUUGUGAACUUGGGAAGAAACCCGAAUUGAUUGAUCCAUCUAUAUACGAGUAUAAACAAGGUGAUUUAUUGAAUGGAUACAUUCUCAUUAAAAACACGUCUGAAAAGCCUAUUCCAUUUGAAAUGUUCUAUUUGUUGUUCGAAGGUAACUUUAUGGUUGCAAACCCAUUGGAUUCUAAAGAUAUGGUACCAUUCAAGAUUCGCAAGUUUCUAGAAAUGUUUGAUUUUUCAGGAAGUUGGAACGAAGGAAAUAUCAGCAGGCUAGCCACCGAGGAGAUGAAUCCAUAUGUAUAUCAAAAUAUUAUUGAUCCCAUCGAUGGAUCAGCAUUGUGUUUUAAAAAAGAAAAGAUUAUAUUCCCCGGGAUAACCUACAAAAGGUUUUUCACUUUCAGAAUACCAAACAACUUGUUGGAUUCCGAGUGUAAUGAUCAUGCAUUGUCCAAACAUGUCGAGUUACCUCCUACCAUGGGAUUGUCGAGAUGGGAGACUGCCCAUUUCCCUGAAAGAGAAGCCAGCAAAAUCAAAGAUUUUACUUUGUUAAACACUUCCGUUAGUUACGGUGUAAUGGCAAGAUUUAUUGGUAGGAAAUCUACUUGGGAAGUCGAUUUUGGUAAGAUUGAUACUCCUUCCACCAACACCAGAAUAGUUAACUCCCAAGGGGAUGAAUAUAUUAUUUUGAAAGAAUUGACCAAUUAUUUCCGUGUGGUGAAAAAGACCCCAAUACCAACCGAUAAUGAAAGAUUGAUGAAAUUGUUGGAGAAUAAAUUGAUGUAUAACAACUUGAUUCUGAGAAUUAAAGAGAAAAUUGAUGCAGGCAAAAGAUUGAUUGAGUCUAUUGAAAGCUCCAAUUUUACUGGAAGUAUUGAUAUUGGCAAAGAGUUGACCCAAACAGAACUAGAAUUGGCAAAAUGUAAACUGUUUUACAAACCAGACAGCAUCCGUGACACCAAAUUGAACCCAAAUAAAAUAGAGCAUUACGAGACUUUUUUGCCAUUAGUUAGAAAGUCAUUAACAGGAAAUAAACCUUUGGGUACUUUGAGAGUUUCAACACCUAAAAAGGAGUAUUGUGUGUCGUAUAUUCCACCUCUUAGAUUUAGACAACAAAACUUAGAGAACCUUGUGGAGUCUUGGAAAUUCGAUAUUCCGGUAGACAUGUCGAUUGCUUAUUCGUCGCUAAACACCAAACCUACUCACCUUCCAAAUAUUGUGGAUGUCAAAGCUGAGUUGGUUGUCUUGACCAUAAGAUCUGAUUCCACACCUAUACCAAUUGAAUUCAACCAUGAUUUAAUUUUCAACAAACAAUGCAACGGUCGAUUUAUCGAUUGCGAUACUUUUAACGAGAACAUUGUUAAACCGUUUAGAAGAUACUCCACCGAUUUGUAUAAAAUUUACAAAAGACUCGGAUCAGAGAAUUUCAAAAUCGAACAAAGUUUAGUUGAUGAUUUGAAAUCCAUUUGUAAGAUGGAGCACAAAACGUUUAAUUUACAUGUAAAGGAUAUAAAAAUUAACGAGAAACCUGUCAGUAAAGGUUUGACCAAAUGGUCAAUAGACGAAAAUGGCGCAAAGUCUUCAUUUACAGUUGGCGUCAAUUUGGAAAACUUGGAAUUGAAAGGUGACAAGAACCCAAAUAAAUCACAAAAGUCUUAUGAUAAUUUCACUCUAGUUCCUGAUUUUCAAUCAUGUCUUAUGUGCAGAUUAUAUCAUUUGAAAUUGACUAUGGUAUUAUCUAAUGAUCGUUAUGUCAACAUCAAGGUUCCUGUGAGAGUUCAAAAAGUUGUCUAA